CAACGCCAUUAUCAAGAAAUGAAUAAAUUGACUUUGCUGGUUGUGGCUGUUUGUAGAAAAAAGAAAAAGUUGUAAAUUCGUAUUAACAACGUUAAAGUUCUGUCAAAAUACGUGUAAAAGCCAUAUAUAUAAAAAAUAUAUCGCGUAAAUUAUUCCAAAACAAAAUGCCGGUAACGAAUUUAUGUCGCAUUUGCCUGGCUGAAGAUACUAAUGCUAGAGGCAUGCAGCCAUUAUUUGAUGAAAAAAAUCCACGAUGUUCAGAGAUUGUUCAACGCAUCGAAGAAUGCGGUGGCAUUGUAUUGAAGCCUCACAAUGAUUAUCCAAAAAUGCUUUGCUUUAAAUGCUUAGAUUACUUAAAUACCUCGUACAAGUUUCGUUCGAUGUGCCAAGCCAGUGAGAACGCUUUAAUUGAUGCUAUUGUUAAGUACGAGCUGAAAGUGGAGCCUCAAGAGGUCGCCACAAUUAAAAACGCGACGGAAGAAGAUGAGGAAUAUGAAGAAAUCUACUUUUCGGAAUUUAUUGAUAAUCAAGAAGUUGAUUUAGAAGAUAUCACCGAUACAGCUGUUGAUUACGCGGAGGCAAAAGAGGAAUAUGACUUUGUUGCUCUAGACGAGAUUGACGCUGACGAAAUCGAGGGCGAAGAACAUUUGGAUGACAGCGACACGGAUGACAAUGAGGUAGACAAUAUUAUAGACGAUGAAUUCGUUCCCAUUCCAAAGAAAAAACAAAGAACAUUUGUAAAAACUGAAGUAAAACGAGGCAGAACUAAAGGUGCUGAUGGCAAUCCGCAAUCUAGAAAAGCGGGAAGAGGACGUAUUAAACGUGAAGCCGAACCAGAAACAAAUAUAUGUGAAAUAUGUGGUAACAUGUAUAAUAAACGGAGUUUGCUUAACAUGCAUAUGAGACGUCAUCGUGCUGAAAAGCCCUUUGAAUGCGAAAUAUGCGGCAAAACGUUUACAUGCCCAUCGGAAAUUGGUCGUCACAUACGUAUACAUACGGGUGAAAAGCCUUAUAUUUGCCGUUUUUGUGGACGCACCUUCGCCGAUCGCAGUACUAAUAUAAAGCAUGAAAGGAUUCACACUAAUGAACGUCCAUUUACCUGUCAAACAUGUGGAAAAUCUUUUACGUAUUCCAAUGUACUGAAAAAUCACAUGCUUACCCAUACGGGAGAGAAACCGUUUCCUUGCGUACCCUGUAAUAAAACUUUUUCACGUAAACAUCAAUUGGAUCAACAUUUUGCUACUAUAACACAUCAGCAAACUGUUAGAAGUCUAGAAACUAAUAACGCUGAGGCAACUUCUCAAGAGUUCACCAUACAAAUGGCGGAAGUGAAACCUCAUAUAUUGCAUGCAAUUAAGCAAGAUUAUUAAUUUUGUGCAAGUAACGAAAUCAACAACAACAAUAGCAACAAACAACAAAAUUUGUAUAAAGGACGCAAAAUGUAUCUACGAACUUAUAUACUAUCUAUUAUUUGAUUAUUUGGUCAUGUGUGUAAUUGUAAUAAACAUAGCUAAGAUUUUAA